CACAAGCAGCUCGUCCUCGGCUGCCGCUGGCUGCUGCAGGCGUGCUAUUGGAGGUAGCGGAGGGACCUCUGCGAAAUGCCUGGUGCAUGGCCCGGCCUCGUUCAUUAUUUCUGGUUCCUUUGCCUUUCUUUGCCCGCUGGUGGUCACAGCCCCGUGUUCGUAGGCACCAUGCUCCGCGGCGGGCUGUCCUAGCUGCCUGAGCCGCCCCAGCAGCGGUUGCGGCGCUGUGCUGUGCCGGGGAUGCGGCCUGCUUGUUAAAGCUCCCCCACCACAACCCCUCCAACCGUGAUGGCUGAUGAUCAACAACAAGCUGACCAGAAGCCUGCCUCGGGACUCGGCUCUCUUCCAGCGCUGGUGCCGGGACUCCAGGGGCCUGAAGCGAACGCGUUGCAGUUUAAAAUCAAGAAUUCAAUUUGCAAAUCUGUACAAUCAAAAGUGGACAGCAUAUUGCAAGAUGUUGAGAAGUUUACAGACAUCGAAAAGCUCUACCUCUACCUUAAGUUGCCUUCGGGUCCCAGCAGUGGCAAUGAUAAAAGUUUCCCCAUAUCUAUUCAUCACCCCAACCCCCAAAUUGUGCCCAAUUGGACUGAGAAUGAGAGGGGGUCCUCCACUCCUGGAUUAUGCGAUCAGAGUUCCAUGUCAUCGAGUCGCACUCAACAGAUGUAUGCGUUCAAUUGGAUACGGAAUCACCUAGAAGAGCACCCGGAGACGUCACUCCCCAAACAGGAGGUCUACGAUGAAUACAAGAGCUAUUGUGACAAUCUCGGUUACAAUCCACUGAGUGCAGCCGACUUUGGGAAAAUCAUGAAAAAUGUCUUUCCCAACAUGAAGGCACGUCGACUUGGGAUGAGAGGAAAAUCCAAAUAUUGUUAUAGCGGGUUAAGGAAGAAAGCUUUCGUUCACAUGCCAUCAUUACCUAACCUGGAUCUGCAGAAAUCAGGCGAUGGGUGUGAAUUGAUGGAGCCGGCGGGCCAGUCCCCGAGCGCUGAGGAUGAAAUGAGGUCCGCAGCCUGCGGUCUGGUAUGCGAAUGGGCUCAAAAGGUCCUGAGCCGGCAGUUCGACAAUGUAGAGGAUCUGGCACGCUUCCUGCUCAACAGUCACUACAUCGGUACCAAGUCCAUGGCUGCGCUCACUGUUAUGACGGGAACACCCACGACAGGCAUGAAGACACCUACCCCUGCCUCAGCAUUUGUCCCCACAGCCGAGGCAAACUCCUUCCAGCCCCAGGUGAAGACCCUGCCCUCCCCCUCUGUCGAUGCAAAGCAGCAACUGCAGCGGAAGAUCCAGAAGAAACAGCAGGAGCAGAAGCUCCACUCUCCUUUACCCAGCGAGGCCCAAGUCAAACGAACGGAGGCCAGCACCCCUGGCCCAACCAUCCCCUCCGGCAGCCCUGCUCUCUUGUCCCCUCAGCCCACUAUAGGCAUCGUAGUAGCAGCUGUUCCCAGCCCAGUCACGGUACAGAGAAGCAGGCAGCUAAUGACCUCUCCGAGCCCCGUCGGGACAACCGAGGGGAAAGUGUUGCCUGUCAACUUCCAAGUGGUCGCGCAGUCCCUUAAACAGUCUCCCAAAACCCCACAGAAUGUCCCAGCUAGUCCUGUGGGAGCACGGCACGGUACCAGGUACGCUCAAAUCCUGCCGAAGCCCUCCGCCACCAGUGCCAUCACACUUCGUUCCCCUCCCACUUUGCUCAUCACCAACAGCCCCAUAAAAACUGUGAUGCCCACUCCCCACGUCAGCUCGGUCAAUGUGGUCAAGAUGGCCAUCGCUUUGGCUCCCAGCAGCAGCAGUAGUAACAGCAGCAGUACCGCCGUGCGCCCCGCCUCCGCCGGAAUGGGCACCCUGUCCGCCUUAGAUGAGUCCCAGCAGUCGCUUGGUGCGAGUGUGGCUGCCACAGUCAGACCCAGCAUCUCCAGUUUGACCCCGUCCAGUGACAUCAAGGCGGCAUCUGAUAAUAACAACGACAACAGCGCCACCAUUACUGUGGAGAAGACUGCGUCCACUGAGGAGAGAGUGGCCAAGUUCCGUGCGGCCAGUGAGCCCAGUUUCUCUGUCAAGUGUUCGCCAGGACCCGACAAGGUCUCGAGGUUAAAGAGCGACUCGGCAUCCCCUCCGACCUCAGUAACUGUAGCUGGGAAUCAAGACAGCAAUAACAGUAACUGCCAUGACAGCACCUUUUACCUGACUGUUGAUACUCACAACUCCAGUGGCAACAUGUCAUCUAUCAGUAUUCCAACUCCAAAAGACCCCUGCCCAGACGCCAAGAGUCCCAGGAAGCGCACAGGCCCUACCGCCGAGUCCCAUAUAAUUCCCGUGAAGCGAGUUUUUAUAUCACAGCAGUCAUUGGCUGCAUCUGACAAUCCCAAACCUGGACUGAGCGCCGCAGUAAAAAGGAUCCCACGACCGGGAACCCCAGCCAGACCCGAGAGCGCCCCCUGCAAAGUGACUGUGAAACACACCCCUGGCUGCCCCACACACAUCCUGGCGCUCUCCGACUCACCCAUCACCCACACAGAGGGCACUCUGACUGUUGUCAAACCGCAGGCCUUGUUGGUGAAACGGGACGAUCGCUCCCUCGGCGCCGACGCCAGCAGCGGAGCGUCUGGAACGUCGGAGCAGGUCUUGUUGCAGCAGAUCACCGCCGACACGCGCGUCAACUCAGGAGCACACGAUGCCUCUGUGAUGAGUGAACUAAAGAGCACAAUAUGGGAGGAGGGUCAGCUUGACGAGCUUCACAAGCAGGCGUUCGCUCAGCAGAUACCAGCAGAACACAAGCAGGCCACCACAGACCAGAUUUCUAUUAUCACGCAACCCCCCGACACCCCGGGACAACUGGCUCUCGCACAGGAAAUGGUUGAAUUUGCUGGUUCUCAGCCUAGCAUGGACUACUUCCCCUUCAACGAUGACGACAUGACGCAGGACAGCAUCGUGGAGGAGCUCGUCCAAAUGGAGGAGCAGAUGAAGCUGAAGGGUUUGUUUGGCAGUUGCGUGGACGCGUCCCUUCAAGGUCAAACGUCCGGGAGCCAGGGUUCCGUGCUCAACGCUCACCAAGCCGGCGCUUCUUUCUACCACUCUUCCCACAGCAGCACCACUCCAGUACAGACUCCCACUCCGACACCUACACCAACCCCGACGCCCACUCCUACCUCUGAGAUGACCCUCGGCCACAGCUUAACAAGAGAGAGCCCCUGUUCCCGCUUGGCGCCCGUCACUCCUGUAGACGGCGCGCUGGGUCGCCACACGCCCAUCAGUACCCCUCUGUCCAACUGCAGCAGCAGCGUGCCCCCGAGUCCGGUGGAGUGCAGAAACCCUUUUGCGUUCACGCCCAUCAACUCCAGCAUCACCGGUUACCAUGACGCCAGUAUUGUCUCCAGUAGUCCCGUCAAGCCGAUGCAAAGGCCCAUGGCGACGCACCCCGACAAGGCCAAACUGGAGUGGAUCAACAACCGCUACAACAGCAAUUCAGGAGGUCCGUUGUCGAACCACAGCAUCGGUAUCUUACCCAGCUACCAGGAUCUGGUCGACGACCAGUUUCGUAAACCGCAUGCGUUUGCAAUUCCGGGACAGUCAUUCCAACCCCAGUCGAGGCCAGAAUCGGCACAUUUUGGCCGUUUGACGCCCAUCUCCCCUGUGCAGCAGCAACCGCCGCCGCCACAGCAGCAGCAAGUAGCUGUUGUGACCACUCCCACUAAACAGGAGAGCUUCGCCGUGCCGGCGCCGUUAGACAACAAGGCAUCAACAUCCUUGGCGUCUAGUACUUUCCGUUGCCGCAGUGUCAGCCCCGCUAUCCGCCAGAGGAACUUCAGCGGGAACACGGGCCCUCAGACCACCGCCACUAAUACCUCCACCACCACCGCCACCACACAAGCGGUCGUGUCGCCCUUUAACUCGCCCAUCACCUCCGAAGUGCUCAGCAUCCUGUCCAACAGCCAGACGGUCAGCACCGUCCACAGCAUGGUCCAACGCAGCCAGUCCGUGCCUCUGAGCAUCAUGAUGCAGAGCGAGAUGCUGCCCGUGCAGGGCGCCAGCAACGCCACCAAAAUCACCAACGUCCUUCUCAGCAAGAUGGAGGCGGACGGAGACGAUUCUGUGCGAGGCCUGGGGAUAAACAACCUUCCGUCUAACUACACGGCGCGUAUGAACCUCACGCAGAUUCUGGAGACAACUCCGGCCUUCGCCGUGGGAACGCCGCAUGAGACGCAGCUGCCGGUUAACUCCAGCCCGCCUGCCUUUGAGCUGCAGCAGCACGGUUACCUCGCCAGCACCGGCGGGGAUCAAGUCAGCUUCACCACCGGGGCCAGCCAAGCACAAGAGGGCGGCGGCGGCGGCGGCGGCGGCGGCGGCGAACCGGACCAGGAGAUUCCCGUGCAGACGCAGCCGCCACUCCUCCUCCAGAGCACACAUCAGCAGGAAGCGGAGGACGAGCAGCAGCAGCUGGACUUCAACAACACUGUCAAGGACUUGCUGGGGGACGACACCCUCAACCCCAGCUCUCAACUGGUGGGCCAGGUCGCCUCCGAACUCAACGCUGUGGCGUCCGAUUUUUCAAACGACAUCCGACUGACCACAGAUCUUUCCAGUAGCAUCACUGACCUUAACACGUUGGACCCGAAUCUGCUCUUCGAUCCCAACCAGCAGCAGGAACAAUAUGAAGACUCGACACUGGAAGAACUGAAGAACGACCCGCUUUUUCAGCAGAUAUGCAGUGAUACUGUGAACUCUGGCUUCGACUGGCUGGAGAGCAAAGACCAGCCGACUACAGUCGAGAUGCUGGGCUGAUCUUGAACGUUUUUAUUCUCUACCACUUCUGUUUCCGUGUCCGUUCGUUUUGGUUGCGUAACUAAGUAUAUCCGUUUGGAGAACCACAGUUUGUUGGGAUGUCUGGACUUUUUGCCAUUCUGCCGUUUUGCCGUUCUGUUUUUGAAAAGUGCCAGGCUUACCAGGAAAUAUCCCCCCCUCCCUUUGCUGAUGUUACCUUCUUUGCUCAUCUGUCACUUCCACCACUUGACUCCCUCGUUGUCUGCAAUCAGAAAUGAAUUUGCUGUGUCAGCAUGAAGUUACAAAGAAUCUGUGAGCAUUAAGGGAAAAAACAUCAUCUUCCAUGUUAGAAACGGUCAAUAAUGCAAUAGUUAUAUUGAACGAAAGUGAGAAUUAGAGGGAAUUUUCAGUGUGUGUGCACUUCAACCAAAUGUAGAUAACAAUAGGGGGUAGUGUAGAUUCUUGGAUGUUGGCCUGCCAUAUCAAAUUAUUAAAAAAAAAAAAAGGGGUAGCAACUCGGGCUGCCAGGUGCUGAAUUUCUGACACAUUCUUUGUACUUUAAUCACAAAAUCAGUGGCGACUGAUUGACACCUGAGCAUUUUUGUUUUCUUAAACUUGUACUGUUGAAUAGAAAAAGAGGAGAGGGUGAUUUAUUUCAGGCCAACUUGUCGGACUAAACAUUGAAAAGGAAUCAAACAACUGGCUGCCUUAUUCACUUCAGUCCAAGGCCUUACACCAUCUCUAGAGAGACUGUAUAUAGCAAAAAAAUGUUAAGUCUUUUGUCAUAUCAAAGCAGCGUUAUUGUCAUAUAAGGUCUGGUCCAGGCUGCUGGUGACUUAACACCGCAUUUAGAGCAAUUUGAUAUCCUGUCAUUUCACAGAACAGAGCCCAUGGCAGGCACGCUUUACGUCAUGAGAACUUUUUUUUUUUUUUUGCAUGUUUGGAUAAAAAUGGUGUGGAGAAGGCUUAGUGAUAUUAACAACAUUGACGUCACCUUGAAUGAAAUGUGCAAUCUAGGCUCAUUUCCAUACCAAAUAUUAAGAAAAAUGAGAUUAUUACACAUAGUCACUCCAAACAAGGAAAGAGAAUUGAUUCUUUAUUGCAUCUAAAGAAGAAAGGAUUAAGUUACAUAAAUUCUAUGUACAGUAUGUAUAUUAGGGAAGUGGUCUCAGUCCAAGUAGGUAACCACGGACCUGCAAAAGCAUGUUGAAACCAUCACUAUUAUGUGAUACAGUAGGAGGCUUACUUGAGUUUUUGGCAAUUGUCAGUGUUGUACAAGUCAUGUUAAAGCUCCAUUUGUAAAUAGGAUAGAUACAUAGGGAUUUGAUGUAUCCGGACACUAUAUUAUGGCCAUUAUUAUAGCUAAGUAUGUGUCAUUUAAAAGAGACAAAAAAAAUAAAAAUAAGCUUAAGAUGUAUAGUCGGCAAGAUACUGUAUGUUGUGUGUUACAUUUCUGGCUUAGCGUGUCGUAAAAAGUAAUGCUGUCUGGUCUUGGCUUGCUGAUUUUUAUUUGACAUUUUCAAGAAGCAGAAGGUGUACAUGAUUUGAGCAGGACAGAAAAAAAAUUGUGAUACUGUUAGCUGGUUGCAAUUUUUUUUUGUGACAAAGCCUUUCAGCAGACACUGGAUUAAAAAAAAAAAAAAUUACUCAACAAACUUUGGAGGUUCAACAUUAUUGCACUAAAUUUUUACGACACAAGCCACGUCUUAUUGGACAAAUGUAAUGAUGGACGCCCGCAACAUAAAAAAAAAUAUUUUUUAUGACAAGGUAAGGAAAUUAAGUGUCCGAAAAUGACUAAUUGUCUUGUAGCAAAAUGUGCAUUAAUCUCAGUGAGAUACACAUUUCUUACACGUUCUCAUACAUGAGAAUAUGAGGCAUUGAAGGGGUGGAAGUGGGGAAAAAAAAAAGUUCAAGUGUAACCUUUAAAAACCAACAUGCCCCUUGUGUUGAUAAAUGAUUGUACACGCGCAUGUGUGAUGUCUUUUGUUGUACUUGAUAUAUUCUCGGUGACCACUGUCUGCUGUGAUGUGGGCAGGUUCUGUUAACCAGACGGGCAGUGCCAGUUUUGUCAGCUACUUCUGUCGUUUGCUGUUUACUAAGUUAACAUUGUUCUCGUUUUAUGUUGAUGACUGUUGAUUUUACAUAUGUCGCAGUUUGUGAAAUACCUUUUUUUUCUUGUGUUUUUUUUUGUCAUAAAGGCACUGAUAUUUGAAUUCUAAUGAAGGAAAAUGCACCUCUGUUGAGCUCCAUCAAGCAGUAAUUUCACCUUUGACUGACCCCGGAACCAACUCUUGUUUUUGACUAUUUUAUUCAUUUAUACCAGUAGAAGAAGAAAAAAAAAUACCCUCCUCUGUGAUGUUGUCUGGUGUACUGCUUAAUGUACAAUAGCUUGUUAAUAUUGCAAA